AUUAAGCUAGCAAAAAGUAACGUUUGCUCUUUUCCAGCUCGUGAUUUUCAGUCAGGCCUGGCUCUGGAAAGCUAUUUAGACUCCAGCCACCAGGAGGUGGUGUCCCUUAUGGCACCAUCUCGGGUGACUGGAGGGUUGACCCAGUCUUCCUCAAGUUCCGGAAUUUUCUUCCAAGGAGAUGGGCAGUCCCAGGCUGUAGUUAACUCUCACUUGAGCUCAUCAUAUGGGAACUCAUCUAAUUCAAUUCCUGGGACUGGACGCCCCAAUCUGGGUCCGGUUUCUGGGGAUAUGAAUAAUGCGGUGUUGAACAGUGUGGCAAACUCAGGACCAAGUGUGGGGGCGAGUUCUUUGGUCACAGAUGCAAACUCGGCUCUUUCAGGAGGCCCUCAUUUGCAGAGAAGUGCGAGCAUCAAUACAGAAUCCUAUAUGCGCUUACCUGCAUCACUGUCAUUUUCAUCUAAUAAUAUUAGUAUUUCGGGUUCAUCAGUUGUUGAUGGGUCCUCUGUAGUGCAGCAGGGCUCUCAUCCAGACCCGAGUGCCCAGCAAGUGCAGCAGAGUCAGCAGCAAGGGGCGUCGAGUGCUACAUCCUUGCCCACAUCACAAACUGGCCAAGUUUCUCUUCCCAUGGGCCCUCGAGUACCUGGAUCCUUCAUUCAGGACCCUAAUAAUCUAUCCCAGGUGCAGAAGAAACCACGAUUGGAUAUCAAACAGGAGGACAUUCUGCAGCAGCAGGUGUUUCAACAGCUGCUGCAGAGACAGGACUCCAUGCAGUUACAAGGUCGUAACCAGCAGUUACAGGCUUUGCUGCAGCAGCAGCAGCAGCAGAGGCUGAGGCAGCAACAACAGCAGCAGAUUCUACAGUCCAUGCCACCUUUGCAAAGGGCCCAGUUGCAGCAGCAGCAGCAGAUGCAGUAUAGGCAGCAGAUGCAGCAACAGGGAAUGCAACCCUCAAAUGCACUAAAGCGCCCUUAUGAUAGUGGUGUAUGUGCUCGCCGGCUGAUGCAAUACUUAUAUCAUCAGCGACAACGGCCUUCUGAAAAUACUAUUGCGUAUUGGAGGAAGUUUGUGACGGAGUACUAUUCGCCUCGUGCAAAGAAAAGGUGGUGCUUGUCAUUAUAUGAUAAUGUUGGACAUCAUGCACUUGGUGUUUUCCCCCAAGCAGCUAUGGAUUCAUGGCAGUGUGACAUAUGUGGAUCAAAAUCUGGGAGGGGAUUUGAGGCAACUUUUGAAGUGCUCCCUAGGCUGAAUGAAAUCAAAUUUGGUAGUGGUGUCAUUGAUGAGCUUAUGUUUUUGGACUUGCCACGUGAAUGUCGAUUUCCUUCUGGAAUAAUGAUGUUGGAGUACGGAAAAGCAGUUCAAGAGAGUGUGUAUGAGCAGCUUCGUGUUGUUCGUGAGGGUCAGCUUCGUAUCAUAUUCACCCAUGACCUAAAGAUAUUGUCAUGGGAAUUUUGUGCUCGUCGUCAUGAAGAGCUUCUUCCUCGAAGAUUGGUUGCACCACAGGUCAACCAGUUGGUUCAAGUUGCCCAAAAAUGUCAGAGCACAAUUUCUGAAGGUGGAGCUGAUGGGGUCUCUCAGCAGGACUUGCAAACGAACAGCAAUAUGGUCCUGACAGCUGGACGUCAGCUUGCAAAGAGCUUGGAGCUCCAGUCGUUGAAUGACUUGGGAUUUUCUAAAAGAUAUGUGAGGUGUUUGCAGAUCUCUGAGGUUGUCAACAGCAUGAAAGAUUUGAUAGAUUUCUGUCGGGAGCAAAAAGUUGGGCCAAUUGAGGGCUUGAAAAAUUAUCCUCGACAUGCAUCUGUGUCUAAGCUCCAGAUGCAAAAGAUGCAGGAAGUGGAGCAGCUGGCAAGUGCUCAGGGUUUGCCAACAGACAGGAACACCCUCAAUAAGCUGAUGGCAUUGCAUCCUGGAAUAAACAACAGUAUGAACAAUAACCAUCACAUGGUUGGUCGAGGAGCUUUAAAUGGUUCAGCACAGGCUGCUUUGGCACUUACUAAUUACCAGAAUCUGCUCAUGAGGCAGAACUCAAUAAAUUCAAACUCUAACUCGCAUCAACAGGAGGCAUCUUCUUCGUUUCAUAAUUCUAACCAAAGUCCAACUUCAAGCUUCCAAGGGCCUUCUGCGUACAUGCAGGGCUCCCUGCAGAACUUGCCAGUUAGUGGCUUUUCUAGUCAGCAUCUACCUCCACAACAGCCACAUCAGCUGCAGCAUCGUUCUCUGAGUUCAAAUAACAUGCUCCAACAGAAUCAUUCACAGCCCUCUCAAGGUAACCCGGCCUUACAGCAGCAGCAGAUGAUCCAGCAUUUGCUGCAGGAGAUGUCUAAUAACAGUGGGACAGGAGUGCAACAGCAAUCUCAUAGUGGGCAGGCGAAUGGGAUUAUGGGAAGGAGUGGAUUAGGUUUUGGAGGCAAUUCUCCGGCAGCAACUGCAGCCACCUCCAAUGUGUCAGGAUGUGUUGCAGGUCCACCAAGCCGGAGCAACAGUUUCAAAGGUGCUUCUAACAGUGAUUCAUCAGCGGCUGGUGGUGGUGGGAAUAACGGAUUUAACCAGAGAGCACAAGAUUUGCCUCAGAAUCUUCAUUUGCAGGAUGAUAUUGUUCAGGAUAUAGCUCAUGAGUUCACAGAAAAUGGGUUUUUUAACAGCGACCUUGACGAUACAAUGGGAUAUGGGUGGAAGGCAUGACGAACUAAAGGCUAGCUCAAUUAUUGGCUUCUGUUGAGUGAGUGUUGGGCAUAUAUCGUUGUAGUUUGUACAGAAUAUUUGGAAAUAGCUGCUUUUUUGGCUUUUCUGAUUAUCGAAUUUGUUGUGACAGCAUGCACUUGUACUCUAUUAGGUUAUUUAGUGAUCAUUUUUUUUCUCUUUUUUUCCUUUUUAUUUUUCUUCUUUCUUUCCUUUAAGUUUUUCCUGUCUCCCAAGUCAUUGCAAGUGUAAUCUAUUGGACAAAUGGUAAGAACAGCUUCUGACUCCAGUAUCUCCUUCCCUAUUCCUUGAUUGCGAUACAUGUUUUUAAAAUUCAA